GUGACCAAUACACAGAGAGGAAAAUGGAGAUCAACGAGAACAAUUUCGAGCGAUUGGGCAACUACCUACAGCAAACACUGAAUCCGGAUCCGGAAGUGCGCCGUCCAGCUGAACGGUUCAUCGAGAGCAUUGAGGUGAGUCAGAACUAUCCGUUGCUCUGUUUGCAUCUGAUCGACCGGCCCCAAGCGGACAUGACGAUCCGUGUGGCGGCCGCAAUCGCCUUCAAGAACUUCGUCAAGCGCAACUGGGGCUUCCAUCUGGACAAUGACGGUCCCAACAAGGUGAGCGAAUCGGACCGCAGCGGGAUCAAGAGCUUGAUCGUACCGAUGAUGCUCAAAUCACCGGCCGCGAUACAGAAGCAGCUGAGCGAUGCCGUCAGCAUUAUCGGCAAGUACGACUUUCCGACCAAAUGGCCCGAGCUGAUGGACGAGAUGAUUGAGAAGUUUGCCACGGGCGAUUUUCACAUCAUCAACGGUGUGCUGCAGACGGCUCACUCACUGUUCAAGCGCUACCGGUACGAGUUUAAGUCACAGGAACUGUGGGAAGAGAUCAAGUACGUGUUGGACAAGAUGGCCAAACCACUGACCGAGCUGCUGCAGGCAACGCUCGGUUUGGCGGAAGCACACGCCACCAACAAGGAAGCGCUCCAAGUCAUCUACAAUUCGCUCGUGCUCGUCUGCAAGGUGUUCUUUUCGCUCAACUCACAGGAUUUGCCCGAAUUUUUCGAAGAUAACAUGGAAACGUGGAUGAAAGCGUUUCACGGGCUGCUGACGGUGGACGUCCCCUGUCUGAAGACGGACGAUGAGGAGGAUGCCGGCGUUCUCGAGCAUUUACGGUCGCAAAUCUGUGAAAAUUUGUGCAUGUACGCGCUCAAGUAUGAUGAAGAGUUUGGCCCGUAUAUGCCACAGUUUGUAACUGCCGUCUGGGAGUUGCUGGUGAACACCCAUAUCCACACCAAGUACGAUUCGCUCGUUUCGAACGCUCUCCGGUUUUUAAGUACCGUUGCCGAACGGAGCCAUUACCGGCAUCUGUUCGAGGAUCCGAACGUGCUGGCCAGUAUCUGCGAGAAGGUCAUCAUCCCGAAUAUGGACUUCCGCGUAUCGGAUGAGGAACUGUUCGAGGACAACCCGGAGGAGUACAUACGGCGAGAUAUCGAAGGUUCGGAUGUGGAAACGCGUCGACGUGCUGCUUGUGAUCUGGUGAAAUCCCUACUACAGAAAUUCGAAGCAAAGAUUGUGGAAAUCUUUGGCCAGUAUCUGCAGGUCUUGCUGGCAAAGUAUGCGGAAAACCCGACCAACAACUGGAAAGCGAAAGAUACGGCCAUCUAUCUGGUUACCUCGAUGGCAUCGAAAGGGCAAACGCAGAAACUUGGCGUGACGCAAACAUCCGAGCUGGUCCCAUUGCCACAGUUCACCCAACAGCAGAUCAUUCCUGAGCUCGAGCGUGCCGAUGUGAAUCAGCUGCCAGUACUGAAAGCGGACGCAUUAAAGUUCAUCAUGACGUUCCGUACGAUUUUGGGACCACAAAUCAUUGUCGCAACGAUGCCACUGGUGGCGAAGCAUCUUGGUGCGGCCAGCGUGGUGGUGCAUACGUACGCUGCCUGUACAAUUGAUAAAAUUCUUACGAUGCGCGGCCCGGACAAGCAACCUAUCGUGACGAAGGAAAUCCUUUCUCCGCUCAGUGCGGAACUGAUUGCCGGUCUGUUUGCGGCGAUUACUGUGCAAGGGUCGAACGAGAACGAGUACAUCAUGAAGUGCAUUAUGCGUGUGCUGAACACGCUGCAGGAAGCGUCGUUACCGUUCAUGAUCGUGGUAUUGCCGCGGCUGACCGACAUUCUAUCGACCGUUGCGAAGAACCCAUCGAAACCACACUUUAAUCACUAUCUGUUCGAGACGCUUUCGCUCUCUGUCAAACUCGUUUGCAAAGCGGACCCCAAUGCAGUGAGCUCGUUCGAGGAAGCCCUGUUUCCCGUUUUCCAAGGCAUAUUGCAGCAGGACGUGCUGGAAUUCAUGCCUUACGUGUUUCAGAUGUUGUCACUGUUUUUGGAAAUACGCGAGGGUAAAAGCAACAUUCCGGAGACGUACCUUGCACUGUUCCCUUGCCUGCUGACGCCAGCCCUCUGGGAUCGUCCCGGAAACGUUACUCCGCUGAUUCGAUUGCUGUGUGCGUUUGUACGGCAAGCUUCGGCACAGAUUUCGGCCGACGACAAACUGAACGGGGUGCUGGGCGUGUUUCAGAAGAUGAUUGCCUCGAAGAAUAACGAUCACGAAGGGUUCUAUCUGUUGCAAAACUUGCUUCUGUACUAUCCACCUGAGGAGCUUGGCCGAAGUAUGCGUCAGAUAUUCUCCCUACUGUUUCAACGGCUUAGUUCCUCCAAAACGACCAAGUUUGUGCGCAGCUUUAUCGUUUUUCUCUGCCUUUACUCAGCACGCGUAGGUCCGCAGGCACUGAUCCAGAUGAUCGAAAGCAUUCAAGCACAAAUGUUUGGCAUGGUGCUGGAACGCGUGUUCAUUCCAGAUAUAAACAAAGUGUCCGGCGAGCUCGAGCAGAAGAUCGUUUCCGUCGGCAUUACGAAGCUGUUGUGCGAAUGUCCGGAAAUGUUAGCCGAACCGUACGUCAUGUACUGGCCAAAACUGUUGCAGACGGUGGUACAGAUCUUUGAGCUACCGCCGGACGAGUCGGCCAUUGACGGUGAUAAUUUUAUCGAGAUUGAAGACGUGCCCGGCUAUCAGGCCGCUUACUCGCAGCUAAACUUUGCCCAAUCGAAACCGGUCGAUCCGCUACAGGAUGUGGGCAAUGUGCGCCAAUAUCUGGUACAGAACAUUGGCAAUCUGGCGCAAUCUAACGCCGGUAAGGUGGGUACACUGAUUGCUGCAUUACCGGUGGACCAUCAGGAAGCGCUACAAAAGUACUGUGCGCAGAGUGGUGUCCAGAUCGCUUAGAAGAGGAGGAAGAGAGAGAGAGUG